CUGCUGCUGCUGCUGCUGCUGCUGCCCGCACUGCCGUCGGGGGUCCGGGCGCAGGCGGCCGGGCAGGGGCAGGGGCAGGGGCCGGGCCCCGUCGGGCAGCCACCGCAGCCCCCGCCACCGCAGCAGCCUCAGGCGGGAGGGCAGCAGCCGCAGCCCCAACCCCAGCAGCAGUACCACGGCGAGCGCGGCAUCUCCAUCCCGGACCACGGCUACUGCCAGCCCAUCUCCAUCCCGCUGUGCACCGACAUCGCCUACAAUCAGACCAUCAUGCCCAACCUGCUGGGCCACACGAACCAGGAGGACGCCGGGCUCGAGGUGCACCAAUUUUACCCGCUAGUGAAGGUGCAGUGCUCGGCCGAGCUCAAGUUCUUCCUUUGCUCCAUGUACGCGCCUGUGUGCACUGUCCUGGAGCAGGCGCUGCCGCCCUGUCGCUCGCUAUGUGAGCGGGCCCGCCAGGGCUGCGAGGCACUCAUGAACAAGUUCGGCUUCCAGUGGCCGGACACCCUCCGCUGCGAGAAGUUCCCAGUGCACGGAGCCGGUGAACUCUGCGUGGGCCAGAACACCUCUGACAAGGGCACCCCGACCCCCUCGUUGCUCCCAGAGUUCUGGACCAGCAACCCCCAGCACGGGAGCGGAGCUGGAGUCGGGGGUGGCCGCGGAGGAGGCGGUGGUGGAUCCGGGGGCGCCACCUCCCCGGAGCGGGGCAAGUUCUCCUGCCCGCGGGCGCUGAAAGUGCCGUCCUACCUCAACUACCACUUCUUGGGGGAGAAGGACUGCGGCGCCCCAUGCGAGCCCACCAAGGUGUACGGCCUCAUGUACUUCGGCCCGGAGGAGCUGCGCUUCUCGCGCACCUGGAUCGGCAUCUGGUCCGUGCUCUGCUGCGCCUCCACGCUCUUCACGGUGCUCACGUACCUGGUGGACAUGCGGAGAUUCAGCUACCCAGAGAGGCCCAUCAUCUUCCUCUCAGGCUGCUACACUGCAGUAGCCGUGGCCUACAUCGCGGGCUUCUUGCUGGAGGAUCGGGUGGUAUGCAAUGAAAAGUUUGCCGAAGAUGGGGCCCGAACGGUGGCCCAGGGCACCAAAAAGGAGGGCUGCACUAUCCUUUUCAUGAUGCUGUAUUUUUUCAGCAUGGCCAGCUCCAUAUGGUGGGUGAUCCUCUCUCUCACCUGGUUCCUGGCAGCAGGGAUGAAGUGGGGCCACGAGGCCAUUGAGGCCAAUUCACAGUACUUCCACCUGGCAGCCUGGGCGGUGCCAGCCAUCAAGACUAUCACCAUCCUGGCACUGGGUCAGGUGGAUGGAGAUAUACUCAGUGGGGUGUGCUUUGUCGGGCUGAACAACGUGGAUGCUCUGAGGGGCUUCGUGCUGGCACCCCUCUUUGUUUAUCUCUUCAUUGGCACCUCCUUUCUUCUGGCUGGCUUCGUGUCCCUCUUCCGAAUCCGAACCAUCAUGAAGCACGAUGGUACCAAGACGGAAAAGCUGGAGAAGCUCAUGGUCCGUAUAGGAGUCUUCAGCGUCCUCUACACGGUACCUGCCACCAUUGUCAUUGCCUGCUACUUUUAUGAGCAAGCCUUCAGAGAACAGUGGGAACGAAGCUGGGUGGCCCAGAGCUGCAAGAGCUAUGCCAUCCCUUGCCCUCACCACCAGGGUGGUGGUGGUGGCCCUCCCCACCCACCCAUGAGCCCCGACUUCACAGUCUUCAUGAUCAAGUACCUCAUGACAUUGAUUGUGGGUAUCACCUCUGGGUUCUGGAUCUGGUCGGGGAAGACCCUCAACUCCUGGAGAAAGUUCUAUACCAGACUUACCAACAGCAAACAAGGGGAAACCACCGUUUGAGAGGGAAACGUCCAUCCCACAGGCACACAGCCCCAACAAAAAGCCAUUUCCAGUUCCCUCUGCUUUCCGGUCCCUGAAAAGGUAGCUCCAUCGGAUUCAUUCCACUUGUUUGACUCUGGGCUGUACUUGGACUCAUUCCAGAUGUGCUUCCUCUCACACGCUUAAAAAACAAACAAAAAAUAACCUUCAAAUCUCUAGAACCCUCCCUAGAAGCAAGCAAACAAGGGGACUUAACUGCUAGGAGAGAUUUGGGACAUACUGAAUAUUGGCACCUCACUCUCUGGUACCAAGACUUUAUGGUUUUAUGAUUGUAAAUAGCCUGUGUAAGAUUUUUGUAAGUAUAUUUGUAUUUAAAUGAUGGAAAAUCACGUUUUUAAUUAUUUAGGGAUUUUUAACCAUCCCCAGAGUUUCUUCCUUGGGUGUUUUCCUCCCCAAAUAUUCCAAAAAGAAAAGGGGAGGGGGGCUUCCAUUCCCUCCUUCACACAGGUUUUUCAGAACCAUCUGCUCGGGUUGAGCAGAGAAGUCUUGAUUUUGUUGCCAUGUCUGACAAUUAUCCCCUCCUUUCCCUCUGACCCCACCCCCCUUUCUGAAGUGGGGUGGGGGAAUUCAGAUCUCUUCCAGCCUUCCAAACCCUAAACUGGGAGCCCUGCCAGUCCCAAUUCCACCCUCCCCUGGGGGCAGAUUCUGAAGCCUUGUCUUUUUACUUUAUAAAACUGAAUUUUCUAUGUGAACUGUGCUCAGAGCUCACCAGGGACCUGACAGAUUGUGGGUGCUGACAGUCCUCAGCCUUCUACCACAACCCACCUCUCAUUCCCAGGCACUCUUAAUACUGACAUUUAACCUGGUUUGAGGGUGAAUAGGAUGUAAAUUCCAAGCUUGUUUUCCAGUCUACUUUUUCAUGGAUGAACUCAUUUUUUUUCCCUGAGUGUGUAAAAUCUGAAAUAGAUUUGGCCAACCUCAUGGAAAAAAAUGUGGUGACUGAGCUUUCAGAAGAGGCAUCACACUUUGUGUGGGUUGGAAGAGACUGAAAAUGGUGGUUUGAAAAUGUUAAUUUCAAUUGUAGACUCAUUCUUGGCUGUCUGCCUCCCAGAUUGAGACAGCUCAAAUGUUUAUAUUCUACUCUUCUGUAAACAAAACAGUUGAGAUCACCUGGAAAUCUUUAUUGGAAAAUUGAUAUUUAUUGUCAUUAACAGGACAACCAAAUAUAAACAGGAUCAGAAAACGUAAGGAGUUCAGGAAUAUGGGCUUUCUCAUAGGGUAUUGCUCUAGUCACUUUUUGAAAUCAACUUACAAAGCAGUUACUAAUUAGUCUUAUAAUGCAAAACUCUGUAAGCAAACAAACAAAAUGUACACUGUUAACCCAUUCUCCUUAUUAAGAAACUGAGACUGGGGAAUGGGGUGGGGGAGGGGGUAAGCAGACCAUAUGCCAUAAUGAGGAACCUGAGAAGAUCCGGGAGGCAAAAGAGUAUCAGUGAUUGAUGGGUUUACUCCCUCAUUAAAAUGAUAUUGCAUAGGACAGGGAGAAAAGGAGAUCAAGUUCUGCUCCCAAAAAAUCGUGGGUGAUUCUCCUUCCCUCACAGAUUUGUACAUGUAAAAAAAAAAAAAUGAACAAGUCAUGUUUUUAUUUUGUGAAUUUGUGUGGAAGGAAAGGAGGAGAAAUGCAGUUGUCCUGAUAGCAUUGUUUUAAACUUUCAGAAUAUAUCAUAAAGGCUGUACUUAAGAUCCUAAAUUAAUCUGUGACUGUCAUAACCCUAAAAUGCAAAGGUUUCUUUUUUAAAAAAAUUUGGUAUGCAUUUAUUCUGUUCACUAUCACAAGAUCAUCUAUAUUUAUAGAGGAAUAGAAGUUUAUAUAUAUCAAAUAUCAUAUUUUUAAUUUCGCAAAUAAAAAUUGAGGUUUUGUAUAAAA